CAUCAAUCGAAUCACUUAUCAACGGUAUAAUAGUACUCGAGUGAUGAUUGUUUCCCUUAAGCCUAUAAAAGAAGAGACAACGCUCGAAAGCUGCGGAUUUGAAUUAUAGUGCGGAGAGAAUAGAAGCAAGCAUGGUCGCCAACGCAUCGUUAGCGCUAAUCGUUCCUACGUUGCUGCAAACUUUGGCAACUUUCAAUUAUACGGUAUUCCCGGAUGGUGAUGGAGUUCCACAUCUAGUACAUCUCGAUAACACCCCAUUAUCCUUGGAGGAAGUUGGUCUUUUGAAUACCAAUUUGAAUACGAUUACUUUUACGCUUUUCACACGAAAUAACCGUGCCGGCGAUCGCUUAGUAUUAAAUGAUAUGAAUUCGAUUAAAAACAGUAAACUAAACUCGGCAAAAAACACGAUCAUAAUUACUCAUGGUUGGAAUAGCGCUGGUACCACAGAAGCUUGCACACUUGUGCGCAAUGGUUUUCUUAAAGUUUGGGACAGCAAUGUCAUUAUCGUAGAUUGGAGCACAAUAGCAAAAAACAUUUAUUCUACUGCAGCAAAGAGUGUCCCUAAUGUGGCUAAUCACGUAGCUUCUUUUGUGAAUUUCUUACGCACAAAAUUCAAUUUACAAACGUCCAAGUUGACAAUGGUUGGACAUUCUCUUGGAGCACAUAUCAUGAGUUUGGCUGCAAAGAGCGUGUCAACGUAUAGCAAAGUCGCAGAAGUUGUAGCUCUCGAUCCUGCGAAACCAUUGUUCGAUAUUAAAAAUGCCAAUGGCAGAGUAGAUAAAUCACAUGCAUUAAACGUUCAAGUGAUUCACACGUGUCCUGGAUUAUUGGGUUUAGACAAAUCAGUCGGUACUUCUGAUUUCUAUGCUAAUGAUGGAAGAAAACAACCGGGAUGCAAUAACGACUUGCUUGGAGCUUGCGCACAUGGACGUAGUUAUGAAUAUUACAGCGAAUCUAUUACGAAUCCAAAAGGUUUUCCUAGUACACCUAAAUCAUUUUUAGGUCUGAAAACAACGGUAUACAUGGGUGGCAGUGUUCUUGAUCGGAACGCUAGAGGAUCCUACAAUUUCAAAACUGGAAGUAAACCACCUUAUGCGUUAGGAUAAAAAUAUUCUUUUUUUUAAUAUAAUUUAUAUGUAUGUUAAAAUUUGUUUUCUUUAAUUCAUUAAAAAUUUUUUACACAAAAAA